UUUUACCGCAUACUCCCAUUGACAAUUUGACGGCAACUCCCCCUUCAGAUUUUUCUUCCCUCUUCACCGACCCCAUUUCUUCGAGAAUCCCUAAUUCUUCAGCUUCUCCCUUCGACCAACAGGGGAUGGCUCAAGAUUCAAGGUAAUCAGAUCAAUCCUCAUCGCUCCCAUCCUCGAUUCCAUCGUGCACUCUUGAAUCAUCCCAUUCCCCAAUUGAAUCCUCGGAGCAACGACAACAACCGAUGCUCGGCAUCUAUUAAGAUUCUCAAGCAUCUGUCGAUUUCGGCAUGUUCAAGAGAUGCAAUUAGUUCCAAAUGAUAGCCAGAGGGAACCGGCUUUACGCGAAGAGUCCGCUGCUUCAUCGAGCAAGACCGAAGCCGAUGAAAGAGAGGAAGAGGAAUGCAUUGGUGUUGCCGAAGAAGUUUCUGAAAUAGCUGAUGAUAGUGAUGAGACUGCUCUUCUUGUUACUGGAGAUCAGCCACAAUGUCGAAUUUGCCUAGAUGUUGGAGGGGAAGACUUGAUUGCGCCGUGCAAUUGCAAAGGUACUCAGAAAUAUGUGCACAGAUCUUGUCUUGAUAAUUGGCGUUCAACUAAGGAGGGUUUUGCAUUUUCGCAUUGUACCGAGUGUAGGGCUGCAUUCAUUCUUCGUGCCAACGUGCCUCCAGAUAGGUGGUGGUUGAGAUUGAGAUUUCAGUUAUUAGUGGCAAGAGACCAUGCGUUUGUCUUCGUCACUGUCCAGCUGGUUGUGGCAUUUUUGGGGUUGUUAGUUUACAAGUUCUAUGGAGAGGAACUACGGGAAAUGUUUGGUUAUGAAGAACAUCCAUAUGGGUUUUACACCAUGGCAGUUUUGGCGAUUGUUUUGGUGGGCUUGCUCUAUGGGUUCUUCAUAGCCAUUAUAUGCGGACAAAGGAUCAACGAACGGCAUUAUCAUGUUCUUGCCAAACAAGAACUUACAAAGGAAUAUAUAGUCGAAGACAGGGAAUGCAAUGACGUUCCUGAACUCGAGCAGAGUCAUGUGAUGGAGCUAAGAAUGCUGGGACUCUAUUGACAAGCCAAGAUUCGUGUUUUACCACUCCCACUCCUCCCAACUGUAACGAUAUGUGUCCUUCCUCGUAGAGUUGUUAUGUUCAAUCUUCUGUGUGUGUUUUUUCCCAAAAUUGGCUACACGAUUUAUUGUUGUAUGCUCUCAGUCUCAUACAAUGUGUUCAUACGAGCAGUCCAUUGUGAAUUAGGGUCUUUUUUUUUUAGUUCUCAUAGGCUCGCUCCUUUUUGCGAAGUGUCCACUUGUAAAAAUGAUGAAAAACCAUUGCCAACUCAAAGAUGGUGAUUUUCUUGCCUUC